AUGUUUGACAAUUACGUGGCCCCACAAGCCAACAGUACUGACGCUAAGAUUGAACGGCGCAGUCAGGCCAUAUUAUUUGCAAGGCCGGAGGCUAUGGGCACACGAGCUGCCCAGCGGGACAAGAACUGGCUCCGCAGCGUUGGGGGUCAGUGUCAUGUGGGUGGAGGACCUCGCAUUUGUACUCGCGUCGCCAGCAACUGCCAAGACGGCGAUGGUAUUUUCCUUUGCAACGACAACAAUCAUGCCAUCGCGCCCAGUUGCGGCUAUCUAGGUGUCUAUGUCGAUCACAUCACCAACGCGUGCGCAUGGGAAGUCAAGAGCCCUCCUUGCGUCAGACAGCCUUGCGGCCCCGAAUGGACCCAGUACUUAGUCCGGGGACAACAGUUCGAUUCCGAUGGCUACAACGUCAUUGUCGCCAAGGCCCCUUGCUAG